UGUUCAAUACAGCAUUUAAAAUGCCCGACCAUUGGAAUUCGGUUGUUCAAUUCGAUUUGAACUUUUACUUUUUCCUUGUAAAAGAAUUACCCUUGUAAUAAUUAUAACUGACACAUUAUUAUUUAAUUUAAUAAAUUUUCUGAACAAUGCGCCGUCGAAGCUCCCAUAAGCAUCGUAAAUCCAAGGCUGAAGAUCAAAUUCCCCUACCUUCGGAGCCAAUUAAUGACAAUUAUCCAAAACGGAUCUUCCUCUAUCUGCAACCAAAAACCAUAUUCUAUCCGUUGGAUGAGGAACAUGCGGCAGUCGGGGAUGAAAAUGUGACAUCUGUAGAAAUUGAAUUGCAACAUCAGUGCAAUACGAUAACCAAGCUCUCCGAUCACUAUACCGCGGAAACUACAAUUCAACUUGAAGAAUUCCAAAUGGGAGAGAAACCAACAUUUAGUAUUACCAUCAAUCAGGAUGAUAUUGACAAUGUGAAUAAUUGUUUCGUAACACUGACUCUCUAUGAAAACAUAUCCCGACCUUUUUGGCCAGAAGUGGGAGAAAGUGUUGAAGAAUCCAUAGGCGAUAGUAUUAAUAAGACUGAUCUGCAACAUUGCGAGAAAAUUUCAUUGGAAGGUGAAGCCGAGGAAAGUGAUGAAUUGUUUAUUAUUGAGCGCCGGCCAGUGGCCCAAGGAUAUAUUGAUCUAUUGGACUUCUUUCGUAGAACACGCAUACGUUCCUCGAGUACAGUUUUCCUCUAUCCCCUAAACACAUCCCGGCAUCGUUUAACCUGUAAAAUGGAAUGGGAAAUAUAUUCGUUGCAUCCCCUUGUUAAAGAUAUGGUGUUAUCCAAUGUUCUCUUCAUCACUUUUGCAUCCAUUUAUAAUGUCGAUGAAGAGCUCCUCGGCAAUUCAUGUGAUGAUUUAAUGGUCAACCUCUCCCUAGUGGCGAAUCAACCAAAUGAGAAUAAUGAAUUUGUCAAAAUUCCCUUCUGCAGCUUUCGAGCAUUUUCCAAACAAUUAAUAGCGGAUCAAGUCCUGGACAUAAAAUGGGAAUAUCUUAAAAAUCCAAAGUAUAUAAAUGAACAGACUAUGGCCAUAAUGGCUGAAUCGAAAAUUAAUCCCCAGAAACUGUUCUCUGAACUACUGUGCAAUGAAAAUUCGGAUAUCAAUUUGGAAGACGUUGAUUGUGCAAAUGACACGGCAUGGAUAUGUAAUUCCAUGUAUCGUUAUGUUCUUACAGAUGUUAUGCAAAGACAAUUGGAAGAUGCAAUGGCCUUCAGCAGAUACCAUUUGCUGGUGCAAUUGAUGAGGGAAAGUGAGCAAGAAAGGACAUUAUUACAGGGUGUUGUGAAUCUAUCGAUUUUUAUGUAUCCACAAGUUCACAAUUGCUCCUUUGCCAUUGAGAUGAGACCGCCUGGCUAUAAGAAACCAACUCUUCCCGCUCCCACCAAAGGUCCCAUUUCAGCAAAACCCAACAAGAAAGGCAAACGAAAAGGUUCUCAAUCCACAGUGGAGACUGCCAGACCAUCUACACUUCAAUCCCAUUCGAAUAUCAAAGAAAAAGUUCCCUUUGCCAUUAUAAAGUUGUGCCUGCAAAAACCCCUUACGGAUCCAAUUGAAAAUAUGCUACACAUUCCAAAAUCCGAAAUAAAAUGUUCCAAAUUUGUUGGUUGUCCACAGAAAAACUUGGGCCAUGAAAUUACCCCGGAAAUCAUUAAACGUAUCUGCGAAGAAACCUAUCGUAAUUUUGAUGAUACGAUUUUGGAUAUGUCGGAUUAUGUGUUGAGGAAUAAUAUCAAAACUACUGCGGAUGACAAACAGUUCUAUUGUUCGCAAUUGGGUAAUCUUAGCAAUAAGAUUUUGAGAUUGAUUGCGUGUGAUUUUAAUAGGCGUGUACCGACUAAAACCAAUAUCGAAUUUACGGAUCUCAUGACAUUGGUGUAUCAGGAACUUUCCCAACGCAUCUACAACAUUAUAAUGAAGUGUAGUUUGAGGGGCAGUGAGAAAUGCCUUAAUACCGAGGAGGAAAUCCAAAAUAAGCUUAUCUACCAAUUCAACCUUUGCAAAUAUAUGUUCGAAGUUGGAAACAUGGAAAUGGCUGAUUAUUUAAAGGCAAAACUGUCUGAGGAAUAUCCAGAUAAUACCAUGUACAAUUUCUAUGAUUUUCUAUAUAAUAUUGAAAAUCAAAAUUUCGAACAUGCUCGGGAAUAUUUAAGGCAACAGCUGAAAGGGAAAUAUAUUCCAGGAGAAUAUUUUGAGAACAUCAUCGACUUUUAUAUCACCUAUUGUGAAGAUCUAAAUGAUGAAGAAAAAUCCCCCACUGCCCAAGAGAACCUUAUUUACCGGUUGUCUAAAUAUUGUGAAAAUAAUCCUGGAAAUAUUUCCACUUGGAUUCUACUCUAUUGUCUUUACAAGGCAACAAAUUAUGUGCCUGGCAUGGAGUAUUGCCGUUGGAAAUAUGAAAAUCUCUACACUUCGGAAUUCAUAGAUGUUCCACCAAUACCAAAGUCGAGGUGGGAAAUCUAUCUGGCCUAUGAAAUUGAUUUCAAAAUGCCUAAGGCUCAACAUUUCAACAAAGUUAUGAAAUUGUUGACCAAACUUGGUUUGUAUAGAUUUGCCGAAUGGAUUUUCAAUGAAAUCGCCACAGAAGCUUUGGAGUUUGAGCGGUAUAUGAUGACCAGUACAUUUAGUAUUUUCUUGAACAAAUUCGAAAAGAAAUUCCAGCCGAAGAAUUAUCCCGUGGAAAAGUAUUUGAAUCCAGAUUAUUUGCGUGCCACCCUCUCCCAAGUCAAUGGAAACAUUGAAUAUUUUAGCAAAGGUCCCUCAGAAGUUGCUAUGAAAAAUUACUCGCAAAUUUGUGAAGUUAAGAAUUUGAAUAGUUAUGGCCCAUUCAAUUUGGGAAUUUUACGCUAUGCCUAUCAUCUGAUGAAGCAGAAAGAAUUCGACAAAGCCAAGGAAGCAUUUUCACUAUGCUGUAGUGGUGAAGAAACCGGAAAUUGCAUUGUAGCUUCGAUUGGAAAAGGAAAGGCUUGCUAUAAGUUGGAAGAAUUUAACGAAUCCAUAGAGUCCUUUGCCCAAUCCACUCGCCAUGGCAUAUAUUUACCAAAUGUAUGGGCAUAUUUGGCCUUGAUUCAUUUGAAAUGCAAUGACAAUUACAAAGCCUUGGAAUGUUGGAAAUAUGCACGACUGGAUGCGCAAGUGAAAAUACAUCCCGAAAUCCUCGAAGAAUUGGAGCAAAUAAACCACAAAGAUGUUGAUCUUUAUAUCGAUAUUCCAGAAAAAUCUUAA